AACUCUCUCGAAAGCGCUCAGACGCGCGAGGAUGCGGCGGGAGCAGCUCCUGCGGCCGGGAAUCAAGUGCACUAGUCGUUCUCAUCAGUCUUCUCGCCUCCUCCCGCAGAUAUGACCGAGAACAGCUGACUAAAAUCGCAUUCCUAGAUGCCCCGUCUACUUUGGGUUAAUUUAUUUCUCGUUUGAGGAUUAUAUUGUGGACUCCAAUGGCUUUUAAAGACUCCUGAGGGGGAUUCCUGAAGCUCGUCCUGGACCUGGACAGAACUGUACCUACCUGUCAAUAUGUCCAGCUGGAGUGUCAUAGUCUCCACGCACAGGGCUUAUGGAAUAUAGCCUGUUCUGUCACAAUUUUUACGCACUCUCCGUCAGUCCCGUGAAGAAGAAACUCGGGCUCCUCUUCAUCAUGCUGCUCAUCUGGGUCUACAUGCUGUACUCCUGCGUGGGCUACUGUGCCAGUAUGCCACCAAGUUUAGUUGUGGACAAUAAUAAUAACAACCGAGCGAAGGAGACGGAGUUUCUCGGGAAAUAUGCCGAGGCAGAAAGUGGCCGGCCGGACCUGAUGAUGUCCAAGCUCCUGUCCAGACCGCAGAGCUCGUGGACGGACGUGGAGUCAGAUUAUGAUGAGCCUACGGUACGGAGAGCUCCCAGAGACUUCAGUAAAGAUGAAGUGGACCCAGACCGAACUGACGAGUGGGACGACGGACGGAGAGUUUCCCCACUGUCAAGUUUCUCCAACGGCUCGGGCAGUAAGAAGCUGCCUCAGGCAAUCAUCAUCGGAGUGAAGAAGGGCGGGACGCGCGCGCUGCUGGAGUUUCUGCGCGUGCAUCCAGAUAUCCGCGCGGUCGGAGCCGAGCCGCACUUCUUCGACCGUAACUAUGACAACGGACUGGACUGGUACAGGGACCUGAUGCCUAAAACCCUGGAAGGCCAGAUCACCAUGGAGAAAACACCAAGCUACUUUGUGACCCACGAGGCUCCGGCCCGGAUCUACGCCAUGUCCCGCGACACCAAACUGAUCGUGGUGGUCCGGGACCCCGUCACACGAGCCAUCUCUGACUACACGCAGACACUGUCCAAGAAGCCUGACAUUCCUACUUUUGAGAGCCUGACGUUCAAAAACAGGACUACAGGGUUGAUCGACACCUCGUGGAGCGCCAUUCAGAUCGGCAUCUAUGCCAAACACCUGGACAACUGGCUGCAGUUCUUCCCCAUGAGCCAGAUCCUGUUCGUGAGCGGAGAGCGGCUGAUCAGUGACCCGGCCGGAGAGCUGGGACGUGUGCAGGACUUUUUGGGGCUCAAGAGGAUCAUCACAGACAAACACUUCUACUUCAACCAGACCAAGGGCUUCCCUUGUCUCAAAAAGGCAGAGGGCAGCAGCAAGCCCCAUUGCCUGGGUAAGACCAAAGGGCGGACCCAUCCAAAUAUUAACCCUGAGGUUGUGCAGAGACUUAGAGACUUCUACAGGCCUUUCAACAUGAAGUUCUACCAGAUGACUGGGCAUAACUUCGGUUGGGAUUAACCGUGAAUGGAGGACUUGUUGUUUUCUUUCUUUUUCUGUGUAUUUGAAAUGGCAAAAAGACAUUGAGAUGAUUGCUAUAUAUAUGUAAAAUGUACAGAAAUCUAUUUUAUAAUAAUUUAUUUUUAAUUUCUAAGCAAUUAAUUCACUAAGCUGCCUAACCAUAUUUCACAUAACGUCCAGCCCAACUCUAGUCUCACCACCGACAUUCCACCGUUUUGAUUUGAAAAAAAAAAAAAAAAAGUUUGUUACGGGUAUUGUGCAUUUACAAACCAACAGCGUCAUUUGCGAUUCAUUCAUUUCUGAAUGUCCAGUGAUGUGCAUCUUUAUGAAUGAACUGUAUUUCACUCUCUGACCACAUUUCAUGUGUCAUUACACUCCAUACUGGCCUGUGUCCUACUAUGUUCGGCUGAUAAGCAAGAGCUGAUCUGAUCGGUCCCUUUACUCAAUAACAUGACGAUCAAUACCCCUAAUUGCUACUUAGCGUCACUCAUGUUUAGAGUCAACCGCUGGCCUGCUGGCCUUUCACUUGCAGGUUCCUGUAAUGAAUGACCAGUUCGUCGAUGGCUAAAUCGUAUCUCAGACAACAGCAAAGCAGCAUGUAGACAUUAAAUCUGAAUUGAUCGACUGGCUUCCUCCAGCCUCAGAAACGGCCUGCUGUCCUGUCUGAGAGGUGCAAAGGUCAAGAUAGCUUUGAAAGGAGCUGGAUUUGUUUAAAAAGCAAGAGCCAAAUGAUGACAUAUGAGCCUCAAAGAUGCCAGGCCCCUAUCUUUAUGAAGCUUUACUCAAAUGUGACUCAUACUAGAACAUAAAACCCCUAACAUGAAAAGUAGCAUUUCUCGUUCAUCCCAUCAAAAUGCGUUUCACGCCACAUCUCCGUUCUCCUCUUCUUGCCAAAUUUGAACAAGCUUGCAUUGAGAUGCCUCAUUGUUCAUCUUUUUCUCAUGCAAGCCUUCACGUGCUUUUGUUUGUCUUUCUACUUGAAAGCACAGAAGAAAAGUCGGUCACUCUUUAUCUGUGAAAUUCUUUCCGUGACCACUGAGAUGGCGGCUGUCUCGAAGGCAAGAUGAAUGAAUGGGCUUCAUGCAGCUCUGGUUACUGUUCACUCAGAGCACCUGAUUCAGGAUCAGCUCACAAUGAUGGGUUUAGGUGUGGGGUUUGAAGAGAGCAUGGAGCCAACAUCAGGCUGAGAUGCUGUAGAUGGUGAGGUCACAGGGAGGUUUUAAGGCAGAAUAUUGCAUUUGCAUUAGGAAUGUACUAGAACUUCACCUUUUUUCAUCCUUAUUUAAUAUACUGAAAAAUGAAAUGCAGAGGGAAACUUUUGUCUAAUUGUUUGGUUUUGGAUGGAUGCAUUUAAAAAAAAAAAACGAAAGCGUUCUGUAUCAGCUCACUGAUUUUGGUUUUGCUUUACAACAUGCUGUGCCUCGAACCAGUCCUGUGCUAUGCUAAGCCAACUUCCUUUCAUCUAGAGAGGAGACUGUAAUAUUUAUCAGCUGUUAGGACACAGCCAUUUGAUUACUGUUGGCCUUCUAGUCUGAAUUAAGGGACAUUUUAUUCAAUUCAAAUAAUCAAAUGUUCUGAGGAGGCAUAAGAGAAACAAUGUGAACUGUAAUGAAAUCAUCAAAGCUUGUUUCUUGCAUUCACAUUACGUUUAAAUGCAAAUCAUUUGGAUGAUGGAAAAUAAAAUAAUGUCAAGUAAAUUGUCAUCAAAUUCUUGCCUAUGGGGCCUCCUGUGAUUUUUACCAGUGCAAUUUAGUUUAUUGGUUCAGAAACAACUGUCCCAGGAUGUAUGAUAAAGUUUGUCCCUCACUGAUUACAUGUGAACUGCAUAUGAUUCUGAUCUAUUGGUAUGAGCAAAGUUUCAUAUUUUUGCUUAUGGUCAGGCAGUGUGUGCUGAUGCAUCUGUUUAAUGGUUGAGUUUUAUUCAACCUCAUAGAGAUACCCAGAUGUUAGAAAUGUUUGUCUUACUCUGAGUAUAACAAAUGCAUAGACUAGAAAGGAUCUUUAUGUACAAAUGAUGAGGAAGACAUGUAAACCAAGUAUUUUGUUUUAUCAAAACUUAAUUUUACAACAUGAAAGAAAAUGGAACAGAUGUUUCAAAGAUAAUAAAAUAUUGAAAAUUCAUACUUUUGCUUUGUAUGAAGAAUAAAAUAAAAUAUAUAUUUU